AUGAUAAUAGGAAAAGAAUAUGAGGCUUCGAGGAAUGUUCUGUUAGGCCAAGAUUCUGAACAAGUGGGUACUUUCGUGCAUGCGCCUUUGGAGCAUGGCCAGGGCUACACUGGUAUUCACCUGCUUCAGAUCUGCAACGAUUCUACCGAAGAUGAGAUCCGCCUUACGAUAUAUCAUUCGUAUGAGUGGGAAAAUGAUGACGCAAUCACUUAUACAUGCCUCUCUUACCGAUGGGGGGACGGUCGGGCGACUCGACGAAUUUUCGUGGACGGAAAAGCGAAAUACGUCCGUGAAAAUCUCUUUGACUUCCUGGCCACGUGGACUAGGAAAGGACAAGACGUGAACAAAUGGUUCUGGAUCGAUGCCCUGUGUAUCGACCAGAACAACGCAGCAGAAAGAAACCAUCAAGUUCAGGAGAUGGGUAACAUCUACGCAACGGCCAAAGAGGUGAUCAUAUGGCUUGGUAAACACGCUGCUUCUGACCAAUAUUUGUGUGCGGUGUUUUCGACCCUCAGGCAACAGGUACUAAGCAACAACGAUUCAAUAUGUCGUACCCCUGAUCAAGAUCAAGCCUUUCAUGAAGCGGGAGAAUUGCUCAGUGAUAUGAUCUGGAACGAAUAUUGGAACCGUGCUUGGAUCUUACAGGAGGUCCUUCUAGCCAGGGAGAAGACUCUAGCCAUGAAUGAUCAGACAAUUUCACUGGAGACCUUCUUUCAAAGCCUCGAUGACUACGGCAUCUCCUCUGGACAAGGAGACAAUGCGUGCUUGGAUAUGAAAGAGGUGAUGAGCAAGCCUCAAGACACUCAAGGCCUCUCCCUAAUCUGCCUCUUAUCUCAAUUUCGUAACAGACUUUGCAGUGUACCUCGAGACCGAGUGUUCUCGCUUCUCUCGAUCUGCACGGACGGUUAUCAAUUUGAGGUGGAUUACGAGAUUCCUACGGAAGAGCUUAUCCAGGAUAUGCCUGUCUGGACGGACACAAUUGACAAGCAUGGUGAGAGAAAAACCAUCAUUGCCUGCACAUAUGGAGAUGGAUUCGAGUUUCUGAGAAAGGGAUUCCUGAAGAAGGAUUUUGAAGGGGGGAUCUUAAUGCGGAAGCACGAACGCUUUAUCAGGGGGGAAAGACCAAACACACUGGCUGCAAUGUUCGAGGAAGACUUUGAAGAAGAUGUGCAGGUGCAGAUGCCUACAUUUCGAUGUUCGAAGUCGAAAGUUCCACCCUGGUUUGGACCCCCUAGACCACGCGCGGCUGCCAGUAGAGAUGGCCCACCACGACGUGAUAAGAUACUACUGAGUGAGCGGAUCGACCUCAGCGGCAGACCGGGAUUCGCAAUUUCUGGAGACUGGCUUAAGGCUAAGAACAUUGGAGGGCCGGUCCGGAAUCUCUCCGAGGACGGCAUCUUGACUGAGCUUGGUAAGGUGGAGCAGGGGCGACUGACCAAGUCGGCUGCUGCUACAGCCACUAAAGAGGAGAGGAAAGAGGGGAAAUCUGUAUUAGGUUCCGCGAAAGAGUCUUCCUCCUGA